AUGGCCGCCGUGUUCUGUGCGUGUCGGAUACGUGGGGCACCCGUGAGGGCACCCGUGACGUCAAAGGAGCUCUCCAGAGUCACCGGUGUCCCGCUGCCCUCGCUCACGGACGCAUGCAAGAAGAUGGGGGCCUGGGUGGAGGGGCACUGGACGGAGAGUUCUGGCAUGCCGGUCGGUGCGGACGCUCUCUUGCUUCAGGCGUGCGAACACGUCAUGGUAGGCCGGGACGCUGAAGAGACGAAGGCUCUCUCGGCAGGAUGCAGGAGACUCUGCGCGGACCGGUCUUGGGCUCUGGCCGUUCAGGGCAGGACUCCGAAGGUGGCGGCGGCGGCGGUCAUCUGGACGGUCGCAACACGUCGCGGCAUGAGCCUGGGCAAGAAAGAGGUCGCCGUAGGCUGCCAUGUCUCGGUCGCAUCUCUAGACAGAUGUGCGAAGCUCAUGCGAGAGGCGGCGGCAGACCCUCCGCCGAGUAUCACCAUGGCCCCCAUACUGGCUGGAACCCUGCGCUAUGCAAUCCCAAUAUUGGGAAUCCUCUGUGCAUUGGGGCUCUUGAGAGGAGUAUGGUCCGCAACCAUAGAGGAGAUCGACGAUCUCGUCCAGGGCCCACUCUGGAACCAGACGAGCAUCACGAUCUGGGGCGGCCGAUUAUCGGGUCAGAUCCCCCCAGAGCUCGGCAGCCUGACCAACCUCACCUCCCUCAGUAUCUCCUACACCAGCCUCUCCGGCCCCAUCCCCCCAGAACUCAGCAAUCUGACCAAACUCACCUUCCUCCACAUAUCCCAAACCAGCCUCUCAGGCCCCAUCCCCCCCGAACUCGGCAGGCUGAUCAAUCUCACCGAACUCCACCUCACCUUUAACAACCUCUCCGGGCCAAUCCCCCCCGAGCUCGGCCGCCUGUCCAAUCUCACCAGACUCUCCCUCUACAACAACCGCCUCUCCGGUCACAUCCCCCCCGAGUUCGGCACCCUGACCAAACUCACAUCUCUUUCCCUUUCCAACAACAGGCUGUCAGGCUCCAUCCCCCCAGUGAUAGGCAAUCUUACCAGCCUCGCCUCCGUCGACCUGUCAGCCAAUCCUUUUUCCGGAUCCAUCCCUCCUCAAAUUGGCAAACUCGCCGGACUCGGCUCCCUCUCUCUCUCCGCCUGCAACCUCUCAAGCCCCAUUCCGUCUGAACUCAACGGCUUGAAAAAACUACAAUACCUUAAGCUGCAGCAUAAUAAGCUUUCCGGCUCUAUUCCUCCUUGGUUUGGCAGCCUGACGACCCUCCGGAACCUUUGUCUAAAUAACAACACCCUCUCCGGCCCCAUCCCCCGAGAGCUCGGCAGGCUGACCAGCCUCUUCGACCUCGGCCUCAACAACAACAUCCUCUCUGGCCCCAUCCCUCCGGAGCUCGGCAGGCUGACCAGCCUCACCGACCUCGGCCUCAACAACAACACCCUCUCCGGCCCCAUUCCCCCAGAGCUUGGCAGGCUGACCAGCCUCUUCGACCUCCGUCUCGCCUUUAACACCCUCUCCGGCCCCAUCCCCCUAGAGCUCGGCAGCCUGACCCGCCUCUGGCACCUUAGCGUUGCCUUCAAUAACUUAUCCGGCCCCAUAUCCCCAGAGCUUGGCCAACUGGCAGGGCUCGGCACCCUCGACCUCUCCUCCAACAACCUCUCCGGACCCAUACCCCCAGAGCUCGGCCAGCUGGCAGGGCUCGACACCCUCGACCUGUCCUCAAACAACCUCUCCGGACCCAUACCCCCAGAGCUCGGCCAGCUGGCAGGGCUCGAUACCCUCGACCUCUCCUCAAACAACCUCUCUGGACCCAUACCCCCAGAGCUUGGCCAACUGGCAGGGCUCGACACCCUCGACCUUGCCUUCAACAACCUCUCCGGACCCUUACCCCCAGAGUUUGGCCAACUGGCAGGGCUCGACACCCUCGACCUCCAAAACAACAACAUUACAGGCCCGAUACCUUGUGAAGUCCUCGUUGGGGUGGGUUCUGAAGGCAACAAUAUAUUUGGAGGGAAUAGUAUCACGCUCCCCUCAGAUUUUGGAUACUUGGAGGACGUGACAAUUCUCGACCUCUCCUUCCCCGGUAUCGGGAUGUCCGGCACCAUCCCCCCCGAGCUCGGCAGCCUGUCCAACCUCUUCUUCCUCGACCUCUCCUCCAACGACCUGUCAGGCCCAAUCCCCCCCGAGCUCGGCCGCUUGUCCAAUCUCACCAUCCUCUUUCUCGACAACAACAGCUUCUCCGGCUCCAUCCCCCCCGAGCUCGGCGGCCUGAUCGAACUCAGCAUCCUCCACCUCGCCUUCAAUAACCUCUCCGGCCCCAUCCCCCCGGAGCUCGGCCGACUGGCCAACCUCCAAAUCCUCAGCCUCUCAGAAAAUAGUCUCUCCGGCCCGCUUCCCCUCGAGCUCGGCCGCCUAAGCAGCCUGAACUCUCUGGUCGCAAUCAACAACCGCCUCUCCGGUCACAUCCCUCCCGAGCUCGGCAGCCUGACCCUCAGUUCGCUUGACCUCUCCAACAACCAUUUGUCAGGCCCCAUCCCCUCUGAGUUCGGCAGCCUGGUCGAACUCACCAACCUCUCCCUCUCCAACAACAGCCUCUCCGGCCGCAUUCCCCCCGAGCUCGGCAAUCUGACCCGUCUUAGGUCUAUUGACCUCUCCAACAACGGCCUCUCCGGCCCCAUCCCCUCUGAGCUCGGUCGUCUGCUUGCCAUCAAUACCCUCAACCUCAGUUCCACGGACACGUCUUGCGAAAUGCUCGACAUGUCCCGCUUGAACGCUAUCUCGAGAUUGGGCCUUCCAUGCGCGCCACCCCCUUCUUUCAAGCACACCAAUCUUACCUACUUGGCGCUAUCCGUGAGCAACAACAAUCCCACCAUUCACCUGGAUCUCUCGUCGGUGCCAGACUCCUGCAAGAUCGUCAACCUGACGGGCCCGCAUUUCCGUCUCAAGAGUAUCCGAUUCUGGGGGGCUUGCGAAGAGGGCUGCGUCGUGAGUUUGGCGGGAACGGGGGCCAAACUGGAUCGCAGCACGCGCAGGAAGGUGUGCUUGAGUCGGAUAUCGGUCUUCCUUUCGGGGGACAUUCCCAUCCCGCAGUACAAUGGAACCGUUUUUUUAGGCGUUCUCAGCAACGCGCACGGUAACUACACCUUGGCGGACCCGGACUUCGUUGAUCUGAUCGACCUGGGGCGCGACGGGAGGGCGUACACGGGGUCGGGUUCUCGAGGGUCCAGGCGGGCAAUCUCUGCGGCAAUCCCGAGGCGAAGGCGGUCACGGCGCUCGUCCUCGGGGCAUUCGCCGUCCUCUUGCUGGUGGCGACCAUCACCGUCGUCGUGGUGGCCCGCUGGCGCCGACGAGUCCGGGGUGCAGGGCUCGAGACUGCAGAUGGGGGGCGACUCGGCUAUAAUGGGCGUCCUGCCCGUCGUGGACGUCAUCACCGACUUUCUCGUGCUGAGCGAGGUCUGGGGGGCGUGGCCGAUGUGGGUGGUGCUGGCGUCGGUCUGCGCGCCCUUCGUGUGGGGGUCUUUCGCGGUGGCCAAGGCCUGGUCGUCGAGCGGGAGUCCGGUGCGCGGGUGGAAGGGAUUGCGGGUCAGAUGGCUGUGGCCGCUGCCGGCUCUGAGUGAUGAGCAGCCGGGGACCUCGGACGGGCUGUCUCCGCGCGCCACGGUUUCAGCGAUCCUGCUGCUACCCCUGGGCCUCUUGGGGGUGCUCGUCCAGGACCUGCUGUCCGUGGCGGAGAGGUUCGGGCUUCAUCUGGCGACCGGGGACCGGAUCGUCGUGUUCGAGCGCUAUCACGAGUCCCGGGUGGUGGUCGAGCUGCUCCUGGAGUCCCUGCCCCAGGCGGUGUUCCAGACGGGACUGUACAUUGUGGGGAGCUCGAGGGCGACCCGCAUCUACAUCGACCAGCGCAUCUUCGUGCAGUCCAUCGUGGUAUCGCUGUGCAGUCUGUCGGUGCAUUACUGCAGCAUGCUCUGGGAGGCGGUUUACGAGGGCAGGUCGCUGGUCAGGGUGUUCCUAGACCGAUUCAGGGGUGCGGGGCAGCCGAGUUUUGUGACGGCGACCUCCCAUCCGAGCGAGGACGAAGAAGUGGAGGGGUUGAGUCAGAAGAUGGUCAUUUGA